GGCUGCGGUAUUUCCUUGCAAUUGUGUCCUAUGGCCAACUAUUAUUCUCGUUCUCCCCCUCCCUUGCAACAUCCUGUUCCAACACACCCAGCUUUUAUUCCGGAACCACCGUCAACACCCGCAUCACCCCAGGGAUACCAGCGAUUCACGAGUUCGCCGCCGAACAAUGUGCACAUGCAGCCGCAGUAUGCCCAGAGCAACGCUCGCCCUAUGUAUCAUGCACCUUUUCAACCCCUAGGGCCCCAAGCUCAACACCAGGUUCCAAUGCAGCAUUCUCAGCAACAACAACACUCGCAACAGGUGCCUGAUUUCGGUGCCUGGGGAAUGAACGACGCUACUGCUCAGUUUGGCAUGCAGCUUGGUCACAGUGCAGUUGCCGCUGGUCAAGAGUAUGUUCAGAAAAACUUCGGAGGGAUGGUCCCUUUCACCAUGCUCAAGCAUCACUUCAACGUGUCGAAUUCAUAUGUUAUUCGAAAGUUACAACUUGUGAUAUUCCCUUGGCGCCACAAGCCCUGGCCACGGAAAAUUAGACGCGCAGAAAAUGGCCACAGUGAAUGGCAACCUCCACGGGAAGACAUCAAUAGCCCAGACUUGUAUAUACCACUCAUGGCUUUGGUCACCUACAUCCUAGUUGCAGCAUUGCAAACCGGCUUGCAGGAACGCUUCCAUCCACAAAUACUGGGCUCCUCCGCAUCCAGGGCUUUUGUCGUUGUUCUUCUUGAUUUCGUGUUUGUCAAAGGAGGCUGCUACCUGCUCAACGUUCAAGGUUCCGGUCAAGUUGUUGAUUUGAUCGCAUAUGGAGGUUACAAAUUUGUUGGCGUGAUUUUGACUUUGUUCGCAGGAUUACUAAAUUUCGGGACGACGAUAUAUGCUAUAGUGUUCUUGUAUUCAUUUUCUGCCAAUGCAUUCUUUUUGCUUCGUUCAUUGCGCUCUGUUGUAUUACCCGACGCCAUCAAUACACCCGCCAACGUUGGGACUGUCAAUCCUGCGCAACGCAAAAGACGCAUCACAUUCCUUUUCCUGGAAGCUGUCUUGCAGAUAGUUUACAUGGCCAUACUAGUCAGAAUAUAGCUCCUAACGCGGGUCGUAUGCAUUUAUAUUAUAAUCUGUGGAGAGUUGGUCCUUGUCUCGGAAUUCGGUCCCAUUUUAGACUUAAGUUGAGCCAAUCACGUACUGUGUCCUUGCAUAUUAAUGUCCUUGCAUAAUUUACUGCACCCGAGAUGUGAAGUCACGAAAGUCCUGCAAGUUCUUUAGUUAUCACAUCGGCCAUGAUCCGGAGUGGUUGAAGAUGAAAAUUCUUGC